UUCGACGAGGAUAUGAGGCCGAGAUUGAGUCGAAGUUUGAAAACGAUCGAUCAAAAGAAUCCUGAAUCUUCGACGAACAAGAUGGGCCAAGAUGGACCCGUGACUAAAGUUAAAGAUGAAGUAAAGGGAACGUCGACUUUAAUUACCGAGCGAAAUUUGCUUAACGUUUCUACCGAGAUUUCCAAAGUCCAGGAUAGUACGGUGAAAACAAUGUCCACGGUCGAAGACUCGCUACUUAGUCUUAGGUAUCCUUCUUUGGACCUGCGAGAUUUAUUUAACAAACCUAACGAUAGAGUCAAGAGACAAAUUCAACUGCCUUACGACACGUACUACGACGAUAAGCAAUCUCCUGAUUCGGAGAAAUUGGACUAUUACGAAUAUUCGAAGAACCAAGACGAAACGAACGAUCGUGUUUCUGAACCGAACGAAGAAAUCGCGAUAGAGGAUGAAAAUGACGGGAAAGUGGCUAGAGGAGCGAGCUCGAAGAAAAAGAAGCAACACAGAAAAAGAAAACAUCGACAUUCAGACGAGAAGAAGGGAAAGAAGAAAAGUCACGCGAAAAAAUCCAAGUAUUCUGGUAACACUAAUCGUAGACGAAGACAUCCUAAAAAGCAUUCGAACGAUUUGAAAACAAAGCACGAACACGAUCACAAGAAACAUAAGAAACGCAUGCCUAAAACCGGAAAUCUCAAAAAGAGUAAUGUCGAUGAUAAAGUCCAUGGCAUUAAAGAAUUUUCCGUAAAUGAAAGAAAAACACGUCGUAACAAAAUGGACAGCGAGCACGCAAUGAACAUCGAUAGCGAAGCACAAAGAAAGAUCUCCUCGUUGUUAUCUAUCGAUAACGUCGAAGAUGAGUCACAAAUGGGCUCGGCUCUUCAUGGGGAACUCGCUGGAAAAAUUGUGGACCACAUUUUUGAACAAGUUCAAAAGAACGAGGAUCUAAAAUUGUCACUAGGACCAGGUCUUUACCAAAAGCAUAAAACCGGAGAAACUGUAUCGGCCAAUAAAGCGUAUCGUCAAGCUCUCGACGACGACGAAAUGAAUCACGCGACAGAAUUGUUGAACAAAAUUAUGCUGCUUCUUAAUCGACUAAUUUUCGACGAAGUACAAAGAAAAACUUGCGUGUCCUUGUCCCCGGAUUUAACAGAAUUCUUGGAUUGGAUACUGGACGUGAACCCACGACGAAAUUCUAUGGAACAACCAGCAUCCUUACCGGUGGUUCACGCAAUGGACGUCCCACAUCAUUUUCCAAAGGACAAGUUUCUCUUCCGCGAUUCCACGAGCAACGAAAUGGGAGACGAAUUUAAUGAAUUACGUAGAAAGCUUCAAUUAGUCGAGAAGUUGAUUAACGAGUACAGAACGUUGUCGGAAAAGGAGAAGACGAAGGUUCAAUCCGUGCACGAUUACUUGUCAAACCAGCUGGAUCGGCUACUCGAGUUCGUCCAAGCUAUCGAGAAAGAGAAAUUAGAGUUUCCUACCAAAGCAGCCAAAGGCAAAAGUGGAAUGAUUCUUCAAUAUCAAGGAGGCAUGACUAAUACUAGCAAUGGCGGUCAUUCGAUGAGACCAAAUAUGGCUAGCCCGUCGCCGAACGUGUCGAACUCGUUGAAAGCGAAGAACGAAAGGCUCCUCGCAGACGAGGACUUUUACGAGGGUAAGCUGAACUUUCGAAUAGACUCGAAAGCUUAUAAAAUUGUUCGAUGCCCCUUAGACGGGCUGGACUCGUUUCGUAAAAGACGCAGAACAAUCCGCAGUCUGGACAAGCAGUCGAAGCCGCGUAAGAAGCACAGAAAACGCGGCAAACGUAAAAAGAAGCAUCGUAAACGACACAAAGGUGGCAACGCUAUUGAUCAGCUACCACAUAAGGACACCGUGCACAAUGCUAUGACUUCGCGACAAAAACGCGAAUACCUGGACAAAGAGUUUCGGGAUUCCUUCGAAUCGGAAUACGAAGAGCCGCUAAUUUAUAGUUCCAUGGACUUUGAAAACGUCGAAUCGAAGAGUCGCGACGAUCGGACUAAAGGGAGUCUAAAAGACGAGGAUGAUAAAAAGAUUUUUGGAUCGAAUGACGAGGUAAAGAAGAAAGAAAUUCAAAAGAGAAUAGACAGUUUCGACACCUCUUCUGGCAAAAGUAAUUUGGUGCAUGGAGAGUUAGAUAGCAAUACGAAGAGCAAAAUAAUUGACGAGAAACAUCGCACUGAUGCACAGUUGGAAGAAGAACCGAUAACGGGGAAGGAUCAACUGGAGGAUGAAAUACUUUUACUCAAUAAACGCCAAUCGUGGAAGAGACAGAACGAAGAACAACUGGAGGAAUUGGCUUUCGGAGAGGACAUGCGAAAGGGAUUAAAGGAGAAGGAGCUUUUCGAAAAACUGACCGGAAUCGAUAAGGAGAUAAGUUCAUCGGUAAGUGCAACCACGAGAAAAGAUGCAAACGAAGAAAAUCUGAAAUGUCUGAAAGAUUGUACCAAGAAUGAUCGUAGCGGCAAUAAUAAUUUAUCGGACGAGAACAAACUGAGAAUGCUCGAAGAAAAGAUAAAUGUUUACUCGGAUAACAAAUGAAGAAGCAAUCGAGUA